AUGGGCGGUAUCGACGAUCUUAUUCUGCGGGAGCAGGCUGGCCAAGGUCUGCUCAAGCCCUCAUCAGCCCCGCCAAAAGACCCCGACCAACUGAAGCGUAAGCUUGAGGAGCUGUAUCUGUCGCCCUCGACCGAGUUCUCAGAGGAGUGGCUCAACCGGCUCCAACAGCGAUGGGAAUUUGAGGCCGACUACACAUCACUCUUUAAAAUCGCACCAACACAGACUCGCACUGUCACUCGGUUUCUGAGGCAUGGGCUCGAGGGUAGGGUCACGGGCUACAAGAAUGUCACGGUUUCUGCAAGCAGUGCUACGGCCAAGAACUCAACGAGCUUGUUGAGAAAGCCAGCUAAUCGAGCUGAUUUCGUGAGAGGCGCUGCCGGCUUCUUCCCUUUCGCCCCGGGAGGUUUGGAUAGCAUCGAAGCGACAGCAGCCCUUGAGGACCAAAUCCACAUUGGAGGGGACGUUGAUGGGAACGGGGAAAGCGCUGGCCGAGCCAAACUGGACAGAGUCAUUCAAGUCGGAAAUGAAGGACGGCUGCUCGAAAUUGCCCCGGGACUAGACCGCGGAAUAGACUUCUCCAAGAAACCACAGCAGAACCAGGAUGAUGCAACUGCUAUCAAGCAAGUACUGGAGGAAGAACCGGAGGAUGUCAGUGAUGAGGACCGAUCCAAGGAUGCGUCCCCAGGUAGCACGCCUGAUGCUGUUGCUGAGGAGGAGGAAAACGGAGACGAUAUCGAUGACAUCUUGCCAGUCGAGUUCCCUUCGCUGGAACCACAUGGAAUCCUUGCAGCAUCUAGCGCUAGAAAGGCUGGACGCGAAUGGGCGCACAUGGUCGACAUCAAGCACGAGAUGACCAAUUUCCGAGAGCUCGUUCCAGACAUGGCAAGAGAAUGGCCAUUUGAACUUGAUACUUUCCAGAAGGAAGCCGUCUAUCAUCUUGAGAGCGGUGACUCUGUCUUCGUUGCGGCUCACACGUCUGCAGGAAAGACAGUCGUCGCUGAGUAUGCGAUUGCACUGGCAGCCAGGCACAUGACCAAGGCCAUCUACACAUCUCCCAUCAAGGCUCUUAGCAAUCAGAAAUUUCGCGAUUUCAGGCAGACAUUCGAUGAGGUCGGCAUCUUGACUGGAGAUGUCCAGAUCAACCCUGAGGCUAGUUGCCUAAUCAUGACUACCGAGAUCUUGCGGAGCAUGCUCUACCGCGGAGCCGAUAUCAUUCGAGAUGUGGAAUUUGUCAUUUUCGAUGAGGUUCACUAUGUCAACGAUUUCGAACGUGGUGUUGUAUGGGAGGAAGUUAUCAUCAUGCUGCCAGAGCAUGUAUCUCUUAUUUUGUUGUCCGCUACGGUGCCAAACACUUACGAGUUCGCCUCCUGGGUGGGUAGAACGAAACAGAAGGACAUCUACGUGAUUUCAACACCAAAGAGACCAGUUCCACUGGAACACUACCUCUGGGCUGGGAAAAACAUCCACAAAAUCGUGGACCAUGAGAAGAGAUUUAUUGAAAAGGGUUGGAAGGAUGCUCACUCAGCCUACCAAGGCAAAGAGAAGGAGCCCCCGGCACAAAACACAAUCGCAACGAGAGGUGGUAACCCUCGCGGAGGACAGCGAGGUGGGCAGCAGAGGGGAGGACAACAACAACGCGGUGGGCGCGGCGGAGGCCAGCAGAGGGGCGGUGGCCAACAAAGAGGACGAGGAGGGCCUCCAAGAGCAAGCCAUAAUCCGGGCCACAUGGGACGUACUGGCCGUCCGGGAGGGUUUUCGUCCGCUGCACAGGAUAAAAACCUUUGGGUCCACCUUGUCCAAUUCCUUCGCAAGCAAAGUCUGCUGCCAGCCUGUAUUUUCGUCUUCUCCAAGAAGCGCUGUGAGGAGAAUGCCGAUGCUCUGAGUAACCAAGACUUCUGCACAGCCUCCGAGAAGAGUCACGUUCACAUGAUUAUCGAGCGAUCAGUUGCACGUCUCAAACCAGAGGAUCGCCAGUUACCUCAGAUCAUUCGGCUCAGGGAACUUCUUGGCCGUGGUAUUGCUGUUCACCACGGCGGUCUGCUGCCCAUUGUCAAGGAAAUCGUCGAAAUCCUCUUCGCAGAGACUCUGGUCAAGGUGUUAUUUGCUACGGAAACGUUUGCCAUGGGUCUCAACCUGCCUACUCGAACCGUGGUCUUUUCGGGUUACCGGAAGCACGAUGGACACUCAUUCAGAAACCUCCUUCCCGGAGAGUAUACGCAAAUGGCGGGACGUGCUGGACGAAGAGGUCUGGACACUGUUGGAUCCGUCAUUAUCGUCCCGCCAGGAGCCGAUGAAGCACCCCCGGCGGCAGAUCUGCGCCACAUGAUAUUGGGCGAGCCAUCAAAGCUUCGGUCACAAUUCCGUCUGACCUAUAACAUGAUUCUUAACCUCCUCCGAGUCGAGGCUCUCAAGAUUGAGGAGAUGAUCAAACGAAGUUUCUCCGAGCACGCAACCCAGCAAUUGCUUCCGGAACAUGAAAAGGAUGUGAAGCUGGCUCAGGCCGAUCUUGCCAAGGUCAAGCGAGAGUCAUGCCCCGUCUGUGACGUGCACAUGGAUGACUGCCACCAGGCUGCGCAGGAUUACAAGCAGCUCACAUUCGAUCUAUACAGGGGACUGUUAAAUAUUCACAUUGGCCGCCGAAUGUUCUGCCAGAGCCGACUAGUGGUGUUAAACUUGGAGGGUAUCCGAACCGCCGGUAUCCUCCUUGGUGAUGGGAUGAGCUUAAAGGGGACGUCCGACGAACCAACUGUUCAUAUCUGUACCAUCAAACCUCUUAGAGAGAAGCGAGAUGCCUCUGAUCAGUUGCCGUUUAUUCCGCCAUUCAAGAAGUAUCUACACAAGCUACCCCAAGGCAAAAGACGAAUCAAGAUCAAGACUCUGCACGUCCCCUUGGGUGAUAUCGAGUGUCUGACCAGAUGGGUGAGCAAGGGGAUCGUGCCCGAAAUCUUCCAGGGAGGUGAAGCAUCCGUGAAGGCCGAAAAGAAGUUACAAGAGAUCUGCACUGCUUGGGACGACAGAUGGGAUGAAAUGGAUUUCGGAAAGGUCAAGAGUCUGCAGCUGCAAGAGAUGGUGGAAAAGCGUAUAAACCUGGUCAAGGUUAUUGAUGCUUCGCCUUCCGUGAAGUGCCCGAGCUUCUUGAAGCAUUUUGCUAUGUGUCAUGACGAGUGGCUCAUUAAGGAACACAUUUCCCAAUUGAAGCAGUCAUUAUCAGACCAAAACUUGCAGCUUUUGCCUGACUACGAACAACGUGUUCAGGUGCUCAAGGAACUGGGCUUCGUCGACGAGGCAACGAGAAUUCAGCUGAAGGGCAAAGUGGCUUGCGAGAUUCACUCGGGUGACGAGCUCGUACUGACGGAAUUGAUCCUUGACAACGUGCUCGCUGACUUCGAGCCUGCCGAAAUCGCCGCCUUGCUCUCCUCUUUUGUAUUCCAGGAGAAAACGACUGUCGAACCCGUCUUGACCGGCAAUCUUGAGCAUGGAAAAGCGACUAUUGUAGCCAUUUCCGAGAAGGUGAACGAGGUUCAGACCCGACUUCAAGUCAUCCAGUCUGCCGACGAUUCCAACGAUUUCACCUCUCGCCCACGCUUCGGCUUGAUGGAGGUUGUCUACGAGUGGGCCAGGGGGAUGAGCUUCAAGAACAUCACCAACCUGACUGACGUUCUGGAGGGUACCAUUGUGAGGACUAUUACACGACUUGACGAAGUAUGCAGAGAGGUGAAGAAUGCAGCCAGGAUCGUGGGAGACCCUGAGCUUUAUCAAAAGAUGCAGACUGCACAGGAGAUGAUUAAACGGGAUAUCACUGCUGUGGCAAGCUUAUAUAUGUAG